CGAGAAAAAUGUCAAAAACGUUCAUAUUUUUUGUCGAGAAUCAUUUCGUUCUUGAUACGGAUUCGUUUCGUACACGUGUACGAUGUUCGCAAAACUCUGCUGCAGUUCUUGCGACACUUGUUCUUGAUGAUUUGUGGUCUGUGGGUCAUGUGUACUUCACGAACUUCAGCAGUUGUUUGUAACGCGAAAUCACAAAUUGUGAAGAUUUUCAACUUGUUCUGUGUUAAAUAGUGCCUUUUAAAACUUUUUUACACAAGUUUAUCAUAAGUUGAUUUUUAUUGUCUCGUAGAAGUUUAAAUUCUUAGUGAAUUUCUGCAGUCAUGUUCGCAUAAUAGCAUUAUGCACGUUGUUUUAACCUCUGUUUGAACUUCAGUGCAGUGAAAAAAAUAACAUUAAUCGCGAAGAUUAAUCAUCGUCCCUCAGUAUUUCAAUUAUUCGAACGAAUCAUGAUACCAGAUAGUGUUUCAUCCGUUGCAACAACUACGAAAUCAGCCAUUACAUCUGCGUUAAAUGAUUACAGGUAUUACAGUACGUUAAGUUCUAAGUUUAAUAACACUCCUACAUACUUAACCUCGAAUUCUUCGUUAAUAAAAUCUCAUCCUACGAGAUACAGCAAUUUGUUUACUUCUUCCGCAUCGAAAACCUACGAGCCUUCUGAUACGAGUAGAUGUUUGACGUCAAGAACUGCAUUCAAACCGGACGAUUAUUCAUCGUAUUCAAAACCAUUAAUCCGAGAUAAAUAUACCAAAUCUUCUAGUUAUGAUACGUCAAAGAAGAAAUCGUUGCAAAUCUCGCCUACGUAUUCAUCGAGUAAAUACCAAUCCAGUAAUUAUCGCACUUCAUCUCUGCCGCCGACAACGUAUGUUUCCAAGACAGUCGAUUCGGCGAUUUUAGAUGGAAAUGCCAACUACCGAAGUACUAAUGGAGAUAGUAGUUACUUAGAAAGAAGACUGAGUGCUGUCAAAUCAAAUUCUACAUUAGGAUUGCGGAAACAUAUAAACGACUGUACCAGUAACAUGUGUAAUCUUAAUGAUAGCUACGGCAGUAGUAACAAUGUGAAAAAAGAUUCCGAACAGAGUAAGAGAGAUUACUGCUCGAGUAAUUAUAAAAGAUUCAGCGAACGACAUUCAGGCAACGACGACGCCAACAGCAACGACGAAACAGCUGGAAAGUGGUCCGGUUUAAGAAACAUUGGUAACACCUGCUACAUGAAUUCCAUAUUGCAGAGUCUUGGAAGCACAAAACAAUUGAAAGAGUACUUGAUCAACAAGUCGUACAUUAAAGAUAUCAAUCAAGAUGGGAAAUUGAUCAGCGCUUUUGGUAAUCUAAUUACCAAAUUGUGGUCGGUUUCUUCAUCAAGCGCCGUCGAUGUAUCUUCGUUUAAAGACAUAUUUCAAAGAUUAGCUCCUCAGUUUGCCGGAUACGAACAGCACGAUGCUCAAGAAUUUUUACGUUUUUUGAUCGAUAAAUUGCAUGCAGACGUGAAUCGAGUACGAACUAAACCAAAAAAUUUACCUGAAAUCAGUGAUAAUCUGUCCGACAAUACAUUAGCCUCUGAACAUUGGAAGAGAUAUUUGAUGUCGGAGAAUAGUUUUAUUCUCGAAUUAUUCGUCGGUCAAUUGAAAUCAACGUUGCAGUGUUUAGUUUGUGGUAAUAAAAGCGUCACAUUUGAAAUAUUCUGGGAUUUAUCUUUACCUUUGCCAACCUACUCAUCAUAUAGCAGUACCGUUACUUUAGCUGAUAUUCUACGUAACUUUACUCAAGAAGAAAUUCUCGAUAACAGAGAAAAACCGCGAUGCUCCAGAUGUAAAAUAGAACAAAGAAUGGCAAAAUCUUACUCGUUUCAAAAGCUUCCCAAGUACUUGGUGUUACAUUUGAAGCGUUUCCAAACUACCAACAGUUACAAAAAACUGUCUACCUUAGUCGAGUUCCCAUUGACCACUUUAGACAUGUCACCGUUUUUAGCUAAAUCCGUUAUUACCAGUCCGAAAAGAUACGAUUUAUAUGCUAUUUCCAAUCAUAAUGGCACCCCUUUCAUGGGUCAUUACACUGCGAAUUGUAAACAUCCAUCGACUGGUGAAUGGUAUAAUUGUAAUGACUCGACAGUUACCAAAAUUUCUUCUCAAAAAUUGGUGAACGCCGAUGCAUAUAUUCUGUUUUAUGAAGCAGUUGACUGAUGAGUGCACUGCAUUCAUCUGUGCAAUUUUACCUAAUUUGAAGAGGAAAAAAGUUGUUACCUUAUUCUUUUUAAAUUCGAUGUAUGAUUACCUUGAUUAUUUUGUAAUAUUUUUUCGCCGCAUCUUUUAAUAUUAUUGAAACAUCAUUUCCGUUCUGAAUUUAAAUACUCACAUUAUGUAUUCAUCGCUUGAUAUGCACUUGUCCUGUUCUUGUUUAAUUUAAAGUCACCGAUCACUGCUUUUAUGAUUCGCGUGGAAAUUUACCGCUUUCCAAUAUAUAAAUAAUACUAUUCUUUGUUCAAGAGUGUAAAUUAAUUUUUUUUACCAUGUUUUUUAAUGUUAAUUUGAUUCUGUGACGAUCGCUGUUUUAUUAAUUGUAUCUGAAGAUUCAGGUUUUAAUUUAUGUAUUUGAGGCGAAUUUUUGAAACUUUGAAAUUCUGUUCUAAGUUGAAUCAUUACGGGGAGUUUUUUUAAUCCCCUGAUAUUCAAUUGUAUCCUCCUACUGUUAUUUUGUUAAUCAAUUCGUUCCCCACGUUUCCCUGUACGUAUAAACUUGCGAAAGAAACUGCUUAAUAAUAAUACAUAUGAAGCUUCAAAUGUGAGACAAUUCAACUCUGUAUGACCCGUAAUAAUUAUGUAUGUAGUUCAGUGUCAAACAUAUUUUAAACUAAUUGGCCACGAUUCAAAAUCCAAAUUUUAUUUUCAUUUAAUAUUUUGUGCGUUUCAAUUCAAUUUACAUUGUGUAAUUCCUACUUAUAUACGUCGCCGAUGUUUUUGUCCUGAAUUUUUUUAAUUUAUUGGUAUUACUUGAUUAAUGAGUUUUAUGUAUGUAAGUACAUUAUUGUACACCAAUCACUCACCUACGUAUCUGUGUACCUUCUUGCCAAAAUCACACAAUUUUUGAUUCAUAGAUGAGUUUUGACUUUUGAGGCUUCAACGACAACAAUUUUGUAGGUUCUCUGCUUCAGAGAAUUAUUUCAAGUUGAAACGUAAUUAGGAAUUUUAUCCCUUCGUACAACCUUAUUCAUUUAUUAUUGAUUUUUUUACAACUUCGCUUAUUACUGAGAAUUAAUAAUUUCAAGUAUUAGUAAUUGUUUUUUUCGAUUUGUAUCAUACCAUCAUCCAAUAAAAAUGAAGACAUCGAUUAUUUAUUGUUGCGACUUAUUGCGUGACUUACAAACUUUGGUCUGGUGGAUGAAAUGUUUUUGCUCUUCGUUUGAAACUCAAUUUUUUAUAUAAAGAAAUGCAGGGUAAUUACGCAUUGUGUUAGAGGUAUUGUUCGUUUUUUGUAUAUGUUUAUGUUCUGAUUUUUUUUCUCAUUUCAUUUUCUGUACUUUGACUCAUCUAUUCAAAAUUAUGCGCUUAUGAUUUGAAGUAAAUAAUAAAUAAGUAUAAGUUUAGCUGGUAUUGUUUUUUUUUUUUUCUUCUUCAAGAAACUCCACUAAUGCUUUUCUUUGCAAUUGUUAUUUUAACUGACUGAUAGUACUUAAUAUUUCAUUUCAGCUAUUUUUCUGAUAUUCAUCAAAUGUGUUUUUCAUUUUAAGAUCAUUAGGCAUUCGUUUUCUGUCUAAUAAAAAUGUAUUUUCCCGGCUUCAGCCCGAUCGUCAAUUUACAGUAUUAGGUACCUAUUUUCUUUUGUAGUGUCAUGACAGAAACAGAUCUGCACGAUGAUGCGUACUGAUGAAAUUUAACUGGUAUAAUAAAUUCACCCUUCCUCUCUCCACUCCACUUUCAGUUGAUAUUUUUUUUACAAUGAUGAUUUCUGCAAUAAUUCUUUAAAAAUAAUCAUGUUGAUCAGAUAACAAUAAUUUUUCGUGAGCAGUGCUUACUCGAUCACUUGUAUUACCAAGUACUCACUAUAUUAUGUUCUAAAAUAAUUACUUCUUUCCUUUGAUGAAAAUUGAAGAAAACAACUCUGUGAAAUACAUUUACAUACGAAUGCCUGUCAUAUUUAAUGAAUACCGAAAGGCGGAUACUAUUUUAUCAUUCGUUUUAAAUUCUGUUCAGUUUAACAUGUAACUGUAAGUACUGAAAAAACCCAAUACUAUUAUAAAAUAAGAGUUCAUCGUUAUGACGAAGUAUCACAAGUUUAUUUUUACAGCCCAUUGAUGAAUAAAGUUGUCUAUUUUAUAAAAUUCAGUUCUUAUUUGUAAAAGGUGCUCGCCUAUUUGAACCCGCAUGGUACUUUGUACUUGGAAAUUUUGUACUUUUUGGUAAACGAAAAAAUUUACAUGCAUACGUAUUAAGGUAUUAGGGUUGAUAACCCAAAAAUUGAAUUUAUUUAUUGAUUAUUAAAGUAUCAAACCAUGAAUUUUAUUUCUAGUCAUGUUUGUUACUACUAUAAAAUGAUGACUUUCCAAUAAUUGUAAUUUGUUAUAACUAUUAUCUAUUAUUAUGAAUUUUUGUCUAGUCUUUGUUUUUGUUGUUUACCAGCUAUUAAGUAUGUAACAAUUGUACUUGAAAUCAAUUCAAGUUGAAUUUUGUAAAUGUUUCCGUGAAAAAUUUCAAUGGUUGGAUGGUUAUAAUCGGUUUUAUUACCAUAAGUUACAUUUCCCCGUAGUUUUGCACACUUUUCAUUUUGUCAUCAGUGUAAAAAUAAAUGUAAUUUGUUAGCUUUGAA